AUGACAAGCGUAAGUUUAAAAACAAGGUUGAGUGACUAUACAGCCAACAUUAAUUGUUUAAUUCUAGAAACAAUAACAGAACCACUACCCCUAAAUUCAUUCUCCGCUCAACAAUUAAGUAUUCCAAAUACCUUGAAUCUAGCCGACCCCACAUUUAACAUUAGCGGUCCUAUCGAUUUACUCAUUGGUUCGGAAUUAUUCUUGGAUAUAUUAACAGCCGGUAAAAUCCUAUUAAAACCGUUACUUUAUCUGCAUAAUACCACCCUCGGAUGGAUUUUGUCGGGGCCUUUGAGUGUAGGAUUUUCUAAGGAAUUCCCAGCUUCUAAUAAUACUUCCUGCAAUAACAAUACAGAAACAGAGGAUUAUCACACUAAUAAACCAGUACCCGUCCAGCAAGAUAUUAUUUGUGAAUCACAUUUCAAGGCAAACACAAAAAGGGACGCCAACGGUCGUUUUUGGGUUUCCCUGCCCAUAAAAGACAAUUGCAAGCAAUUAGGGUCUUCCUCCGAAAUGGCUCGCAAACGAUUUCUCAGUUUAGAAAAGAAACUAAAUAAGGAUCCAAAUUUAAAAUGA